AUGCCAGUUGGAAAAGGAAAGGACUUUAUAGCAGCAGUCGAAAGUCUAACACCGGAUGGAGGGGGAGAUUGUCCAGAGCUGGCCUUCACGGGAAUAAUAGAUGCCCUCAAUAGCGGAAUUAAACAAGGUUCACCUCUUUACGUCUUCACUGAUGCCACGGCAAAAGAUUCACAUCGACUCGAUACGGCAAAAAUUUUAGCUAAGACAAUGAGGUCAAGUGUUUACUUCUUUACCACAGGACUGUGUGGUUUCAUGAAAGGGUCCAGUGCAACAAAUUUGGACUUCGACUUUGUGUUCGUUCUUCCUCGUAACGCGAGGAGUCCCCUUCCUAUUCCUCAUCCUCUUAUUGGUAAACCCGCUCACAUCAUUUUGACUGUAAGUACUGCAAAUAAGAUCAAUGGAGAAUCAUUACAACUUGAAAUUCUGAACGGAGACAACGAAGUUCUAAACACGACAGAUGUUCAUUCCCUGCCGGGGAAAAGUGGUGCCCAUUUCUCGGCUUCUUUCUCUACUCCCACAAUCCCCUUUAAAUUGAAACUGAGAGGCCAGACCAAGAGAGGUUUCGACUUUGAGCGUAACUCCAAGGCUCUUGUCCAGCCAAGUCGUGUCCUGCUCAGGGUUUUGUAUUCUAGCGAGGACUUCACGGUACCAAUCAGUGGAAGAGGACUGGUGAUAUUCGUUGCUUACAACACAGGCUCAACCGAGAAUUUCCAGUUCGAAGUAAAAGAUUCGACGACGUUCAACUCUUCGGUAUCGCUGUCCUCGAGACGUGUCUUUCACAACCGGAUUGGUUUCUUCUACACCUGGUUCACAGCAAAAGCCACUGCUACUCGUGGAUCUGUUGAUACCGUAAUGGUAACCGCCACGGGAGAGACGUCCAAAACGAGGGUUAGCUCUGUUGUUAGCUUGAUGGCGGUUUAACUCCUUAACCACACCGGACGGUGAAAUAUUACGAACUUUUCAAUCUUGCUGUGCUAAUUUUUAUGGAUUGAAGAAUCUUUAGUAGUAACCAGUUUUCCUUUGUAAACUAGCUAGCUUGUCUUUAAAGUUCACUAAGACUUGCCAAGGGUCAACACAGUGAGCGGACAUAAGGUUUUGAUUUCUCUGGCUACAAAAAAAUUAAAUACAUUUUUUUUUAUGAAUUAUCCUUAGUGGAAAGAUCGUAAGAAUGGAUUUUAUGACGAGUUUAGUGCUUUGAAUUUUUGUCCUAAACGAGUAAUCCACUGAAGCUUAAAAUUCUCGUUUUUCGUGUGACGUUGAUAUUGUUUUCGUAUCAGGACUAUGACGCAUUUAGUUAAACAAGAACGAGAUAUAGAUUUUAUUAAAUGGAUGCCACUUGACUGAGAAUAAAAUUACUAACGAAAAAAAUUUGUUCAUUUUCAUUGUUAGAAGCUCCAAACAAUAAUUAAGAGCAAACAUUAAAUAUUCAUUGACCUGAGAAAUACUUUUAGCGCAUUCAGCAAAAGAAUUAUCACCACUACAGCCUUAGAAACAAUACGCUUUCUAGUGAAAGAGUGAAAUGAAAUCGCACCAGUGAAUAGAACCGUUUGCGAGGAUUUCCCCACGAGAAGGAUAUUUAGGUCAGUUGUACUACUGGUGGA